AUGGAGCCUGGCCGCAGCCGGGAGAAACCACGUGUGCCCCUUGUCUACGUCAACACCUUCGGCUCCCACCGCUGUGGCUCCAUCAUCCGCUACGGCCAGGGCUUCCAGCAGGCUGAGGCAGGCCGGGCUAGACCCCGGCUUUCCCAGCCAGGCCCUACAGGCGAGGACAGGAGGCUGAGGGCCACCCCGGCACUGGGGGACAAAGCCAGCCCUGGGCCACCCGCCACCGGUGACAGGGACCAGCAAGUGGGGAGCUGUGGUGUGGCAAAGCCUGUCAGCCGCCAUCGUGGUGACCUUCAAGAGGCUAAGGCUGACACCUUUGAUUUUCCCUUCCCUUCAAGAACUGUUGAUAAAGUAAUUAAACGAAAGAAGCAAAAGUCCAAAGUCUGGUUUAAGGUUCAGAAAGUAAUUUCAAAAAUGCUUGAAGAAAAUGAACAGUUCAGAAGUCGACUCUUGACUUGCAGUCAGUCUAAUAGAGAAGGCAGGAGUCCAUCUUUGUCUCGGUAUAGCAAGAAAAUAAGGGAAGAUUAA